AUGGAAAGCCCAGAACAGAGAGGAGAAGGAAGCAGACGAGAAGCUUUGGGGUCAAAAGUUCGGGACAGGAGAAAAGUUAAAAAAGCGUCAAUGAUAUAUUCAAAUUUUGACUUUUUGGAUAGAGCCUGGUGGAAGCCCUCUUAUGAUGAACAUAAUGCUAGUUAUUUUGUCAUAAACGCCAAGCGCCACCAACAUGCCAUAUUAUUGGCUGUUAACGAAAGUGACCCGCUCUUUUGGAAGGAUAUAUCAACCUUCAUCGUGAACACUAUCGACUUUAUACAACAGGCUCUAAAAAAAACUAGUAUUCUUAGACUGUUUUUGAGCUGGCUAUGCGGAAAAUUUGCAUAUUGUCUCAUAUCCGAAAGAUCUUUACGUUUGAAGAAGAAAGUGAAAAACAUCCACGAUGCCUUUAUUGGUAUUUUUCCAUCAAUCUUCUUUCCUGAUCUUCCAAUAGAUCAGUUUACACCUUCGUUUGUAUUUGCACAACAGUUGCAUCGAAAAAUUGGAAAUGAAUUGAUUAGAAACGCGGGUCGGUAUAGAACGCGACAUGUUAUGGCAACACAAGAAAACUAUGUAUAUGUGGCACCGGAUUUGAUCGAGGAUAAAAUGGACGAGUUAUUCCGUCAAUGUAGAGAGGAAUUCGAAAGGACAGACUUGCAAUUGGAGGAAGCUAUUAAAUGCGGGGCAUGUUUUUUUCCCUAUUUCUUGACAAUUCACCCUUUUGUAAAUGGAAACGGAAGAGUAGGGAGAUUGCUUUUAAGUUACCUUUUAUCAAAAUUCACAGUUGUACCUCUUUCUUUAUACACUGGAUCUGAACCACGAGAUUUAUAUUUACAAUGUCUCCGUGAAGCACGGUAUCAAGAACCAUUUAAUCCUAGUGCACUUGCAACCUUUAUGCUCGAAUGUGUAUAUAAGACAUCUUAUAACAUAUGUGUAGUUAUGGAUAUCAAUAUUCAAGAUUAA